AGGACCCAGGUUCAGUUCCCAUGGCCCACAAGGUGGCUCACAACCAUCUGUAAGUCCAGUUCCAAGGGAUUUGAUGUCCUUUUCUGACUUGCACCACCUCCAAGCAAGAAUGUGGUCCACAUACAUACGUGCGGGCAAAAGCUCAUACACAUAAAUUAGUAUUUUAAAAAAUUAAUGACAUAAGCUUCCAUCACCGCACAACUACUUACUUAAGCACAUUUUCAAUAUUACAGGGUAAGCAGAAAAUACUCAUAUUCAUGUAACUUCUAGAAUGUUUGUCGUUUUAUGAACAAAAACUGCUCAAUUCUUCUCCGGGUUUUGCCACACAAAAUAAUCUGAAUUUUAAGAAGUUGUGUUGGGUUUGGUGGAGGAAGCGAGUGGAAUUCACAGUGGGGGAAUGUCAAGUAUAGGAAGGCGACAAUGACAGAGCAAUGGCAUGAGAUAACAUUUCCUUUUCUUUCAGUUAAAAUUUUUUUUCUUUAUGGUGGUGGGCACCACGCCAAGGCGUGGGUAUAGAGGUCAGAGGACAACUUACUGUUGUCCUGGCUCUCAUCUUCCACCAUGUGGGUUCAGGGAGUCGAACUCAAGUCCUCCGACUUGUCAGCAAGCACUCUUACCCGCUGAACCUCCUCUCUGGCCCUGUUCUGUAAUUAGUUAAUGGAACUGUUAAAGCUUAACAGGGUGAAACCCUUGGAAGGCAAAUGUCCUAAUCGCUGCUGUCCCUGUCAGGGGCGGGGACUUUUCUCGUGGCACCAUUUCUGAAAUGCAGAAGAAACACAAGCGGCUAUUUGUCUCAAAUACAGACUUCUUUGCCUUGGCCAUCGGAAUCCAGGAAAGUCACCAACGCGGGAGGACCACAAGUCCCAUAAUGCAUUGGAAGAAUCCCUCUUCGCUGAACACGGGCUCUUACACACUUUGACCUCCAGCCGCACCGGGCAAAACCCGACAGUCGGGGGCCAAGAUGGCUUCGGCAGGCACCAGAGGGGGUGUGGUUCCCGGGAAGGCCACGCCCCCAGAACGCUACUCCAAUAGGGGCCGCCUUCGUGUCCAUAGCGACGGCGGCGGCGGCGGCCGUCGGCUUGCUUAAGGAGGCGCCGCCGCCGCCAGGAUCUCGGAGCUAGGAGUUAACCCCGAGGGGGAGCGGGCUCCCCCUCGCGACGGCGGGGACAGACAGUCCUGUGGAACGAAGAGACGGUCCUCGACGUCCAGCAACGCCCAGGAAGAGCUGCAGCGGGCGAGGGGCGGCCAUGAGCGACCAGCUGAGGCCAGCCCCGGGCUGCUAGGGGCAACUCCAGCAGCCCCUGAGCUCUCCUCGAAACCUCGGGUGGGCAGUGUCUGCCGUGGGUUUCCUUUCCUCUAUCCGAGCCCAAGGGGUAUCAGCCAUCAGAUGCCCGACCCCGACGUGUUCACAUAGGGAAACUGAAUCCUGGCUCGGGGAAAGGGCCGGCCCGAGAACCUUUGAUCAUCAGCUGUAUUUUAAAGCAAAGAAUCAUCCAGUUCUGUCAGCCACCUCUCUUCCCAUUCAGGAAACAAAACAGCCGUGAUCGUGGCUUCUGCCAGCUCUGUUCUGCAUGCACUGCAGUGUUUUGAAUGAUCCAGGAAUCUAAGAGGAUGGAGCCCAGUACCUGUAAGACCAGUGAAUCUGAGGAAGAAUAUGUUGAGGAAGAAGAGUCUGAGGAAGAGUGUGUUAGAGAAGAAUCGACCACCCCCAACUCUUCCCAGCAGGCACUUGCAAAGGCUGACUAUAAAGAGUUUGAGAAUGGGGUUACCUUAUCUGUUGUGGCCAAGAAAAUCCCAAAGAAAAUCCUAAGUGUAACAGACACAGAUGAUUUGGAAGCUGGGAGGAGAAAGAGGAAGCGGAAACGGAGACCCCUGGCCAUCAAUCUGACCAACUGCAAGUAUGAGAGCGUGCGCCGGGCAGCCCAAAUGUGUGGCCUGAAGGAAGUGGGGGAGGAUGAAGAGUGGACUGUGUACUGGACAGACUGCUCUGUCUCACUGGAACGAGUCAUGGACAUGAAGAGGUUUCAGAAAAUCAACCACUUCCCUGGCAUGACAGAAAUCUGCCGCAAAGAUCUGCUGGCUCGGAACCUCAACCGCAUGCAGAAGCUCUACCCUACCGAGUACAACAUCUUCCCUCGAACCUGGUGUCUCCCUGCAGACUAUGGGGACUUCCAGGCCUACGGUCGUCAGCGGAAAACCCGCACUUAUAUCUGCAAGCCAGAUAGCGGCUGUCAGGGGCGUGGCAUCUUUAUCACCAGAACCCCUAAGGAAAUCAAGCCAGGAGAGCAUAUGAUCUGCCAGCAGUACAUCACCAAGCCCUUCCUCAUUGAUGGCUUCAAGUUUGACAUGCGAAUCUAUGUUCUGAUCACUUCCUGUGACCCUCUCCGGAUCUUCAUGUAUGAGGAAGGCCUGGCCCGUUUUGCCACCAUGCCGUAUGUGGAACCUAGCCAUAACAACCUGGAGGAUGUGUGCAUGCACCUGACCAACUAUGCGAUCAAUAAACACAAUGAGAAUUUUGUCCGGGAUGAUGCUGUGGGCAGUAAGAGGAAGCUGUCGACACUCAAUGCCUGGCUGCGAGAGCACAGCUAUGACCCCCGAGAGCUGUGGGGGGACAUCGAGGACAUCAUCAUCAAAACCAUCAUCUCAGCCCACUCUGUUCUUCGCCACAACUACCGAACCUGUUUCCCCCAAUAUCUGUGUGGAGGUACAUGUGCCUGCUUUGAGAUCCUGGGUUUUGACAUCUUACUGGACCACAAGCUCAAACCCUGGCUUCUAGAGGUAAACCACUCCCCAAGCUUCACCACAGACUCUCGCCUGGAUCGAGAGGUGAAAGAUGCACUUCUCUGUGAUGCCAUGAACCUUGUCAACCUCCGGGGCUGUGACAAAAAGAAGGUGAUCGAAGAGGACAAGCGUCGAGUCAAGGAGCGGCUUUUCCCAUGCCACCAACAGCCACGAGAAGCCAGGCGAGAGCAGAUUGAGUCAUCCCAGGCUGCCAUGCAGGACCAGGAGCGAUAUGAAGAUUCCCACCUAGGGGGCUACCGGCGGAUCUACCCUGGGCCCGACUCAGAGAAAUAUGCACCCUUCUUCAAGCACAACGGCUCCCUCUUCCAGGAGACUGCUGCCUCCAAGGCCAGAGAGGAGUGUGCCAGGCAGCAGCUGGAAGAGAUUCGCCUCAAGCAGGAACAGCAGGAGAACCCAGGCACCAAGAAGCGAAGGGAGAACAAGGACCAGAACCAGGGGGAAUCGGCUGGGGAGAAGAGCCGAUCCCGAGCCGGAACACGCGGCCUUGUCACCAGCUUGGCUUAUAGAAACCGGAACCGGGAGAAAGAGCUGCUACCAGCACACCUGGACACCAUGCAGCCUCAGGACAUUGUGGAAGAGGAAGAGCUAGAGCGGAUGAAGCUCCUGUUACAAAGAGAGAAUCUCAUCCGAAGCCUGGGUAUUGUAGAGCAGCUCACGCGCAUGCUGUACCCCAGCCACCGGGGCCACAGAAAGCUUCAUGAGUAUCGGCCUAGAUUUCACCAGGACGGGCUGGGCAGUCAAGAACUGCAACCUGUGAAUUUGGUCCCACUGGUGUUCCUGAGAGGGGCCGCCUCAGAACAGGUCCCUCCUCAUUUCCUGCAACCACUCCGGCCCCACGAAUUGAUCCCCAGGAUCUUAGGGCCACUCUCAAGCACGAAUCCCGAAAUUGCACAGCAUUCUCGGUGCCAUCUGCAGCCCAAGAACUUCAACUGGAUAGGCGAUCCAGCAGCCACUGGCCACUGUUCAUUGUCAAUGAAGAAAUCUGGGAAGCACUAUUUUUCCAGCUCUAGAGUCAGGCUCACUGGCCAAGGUCAAGCCAGCAGAAGGCUAGAAGCCAUAAACCGAGCCCUGUCAGGAUCAGUGCCACCCACUUUAACCCCAAAGCAGGGCUAUCUUCUGCAGCCCGAAAGACAGGGAAGUGACUCAUGGACUGAAUGCUGCACCUUGCCCUCCAUGGUAAACUCUGGCCACAGAGGAGCAAAGGCUGGGAAUCUCAGCCUAUGCCCUGCUUCUGCACCAGUGCUGCAUCAUUCCAGCCCACUCCUCAACGUCGUCCAACACAGGUAAAAGAAGGGAAGCCCAGCACUCAACUAAAAGAGCAAAUGGCCUUCAACCAUUGCCAAUGGAAAGACUGCCACCCAGUUCCAGUUUGAAAAGCUCUGGCCAGGACCUUUGUUUGCAAAAGGCAAAACACAGACACCAAGAAUUCUUCACCAUUCUAAGAUUCUUUGGUAAAGAUCAAAAAGAUCGGUAAAGACUAAAAGAUGAAGCGCUAAGACCAGCAUGUAUGCGUCUCUGCUCAUCAAGCCUUAGGCUGAGUUUACCGCUAAGCGAUGGGUCUGAACCCUGGUUGUGGCCUGUGGCUGGAGGUCAUUGGGCAACAAGGAGUUCCUUUCCGAGUGGAGUCAAAUGCCCAAGGUACGGUGUAGUCGCCAUCAGAAGAUUGCUUAGGGUUCGCCCUUCCUGCCACAGUGGCAGAAUCAGGCAGGCCUGGGCAGCCUGUGCCAGAGGGGCGGCUCUGGGCAAUGAACCCGUCUUUUUAUUAAAGUUUAUGUCAUUUUC